AUGAUAAAGUUGGAUAUACUCCCCCCUUUACUUGAUCGUUCCCAUAAUUAUUAUGACUUCCGCCGUGCUCCCUAUUCAAAAAUAUGCGAAUUCUUAAAUUCAUUUAAUUGGUUGGAGACCAUAAUAUCUCUCGACGUUGAUGAAGCGGCUAAGGCAAUUUAUGACGCCUUGCACUUUUGCAUUUUAAACUUUGUUCCGGAAGUGUCUUAUAUACCUUCGACAUUCCCGAAAUGGUUUUCAAAAAAUCUUAAGCAUAUUGUUUUAAGCAAGAAAAGGGCACAUGCCAAGUUUAAAGCUUCACGCUGUCCCCUUGAUUAUGCGGAAUUUUCCGCACUUCGUGCCUCUUAUAAGGCUGAAUACAAGAGAUGUCAUACUGUCUACCUGUCUCGCACUGAGUCUAUGCUUAAAUCUAACCCCAGGUCGUUUUGGGACUUUGUCCGAGUUAAUAAAUCUAGCAACGAAAUUCCCCACUCAGUACAUUUUGAUAAUUUACAAAGCUCGGGUUCAGAGUCUGUCUCUAACUUAUUUUCCCAUUACUUCAAUACAGUCUAUGUCCCUCCUUUGUCUAAUGACCAUUCGUCUCCUUUUUUGUUCCAUGACCUACCUAGCACUUGUUCAUUCGACAUCGAUGAUGUUGACGCUGGUCUAGACGCACUAAAAAAUGUUAAGUCCGUAGGCCCCGACGGCUUGUCAGGUAUAUUCUUAUACAAUGUGAAAUCUUCAUUAUGUUUUCCACUGUGGCUACUUUUUAAGCGUUCAAUCGAAAGUGGAGUUUUUCCCUCUUCUUUCAAGAUUAGCUCUGUCACUCCUAUUUUUAAAUCUGGUGAUAAAGCUGAUGUCAAAAAUUAUAGACCUGUUUCUAUUUUGAGCCACAUAUCCAAACUGUUUGAACUUCUAGUAUUGAGAAGUAUUCAAUCGCCAAUUAACUCUAUUCUAAUCGACGAGCAACAUGGGUUUAGGCCUGGUCGCUCGACCACUACUAAUUUACUCGUUUUUAACAAUUUUGUUAUGAAGGCUGUCGAGAAGCACAUCCAAGUUGAUGUUAUUUUCACAGACUUUACUAAAGCCUUCGAUAGAGUCGACCAUGGCCGCCUAAUCGAGACCCUAUACAAAACUGGGUUCGGUGAACCAUUGUUGUCUUGGUUCAAAUCUUAUUUGUCAGACAGAGUCCAAUGGGUGAAAGUGUUCGGAUGCAAAUCAUCCAUCUCAAAGGUCUCUUCUGGAGUUCCUCAAGGAGGACAUUUAUCUCCAAUAUUGUUUUCUUUGUAUGUAAAUGGCAUCAAGGAAAUUGUCAAAAACUGUGAACUUCUCAUGUUCGCCGACGACUUGAAGCUCUUUAGGAAAAUUGAUAACUUAUCUGACUGCUCUACGCUCCAGAAUGAUCUCAACAACCUGGUCUCCUGGUUUAAUAAUAUUGGUCUUCAGUUUAAUGUAAAUAAAUGUCAUUCCAUGUCAUUUUUAAGACACCGCUCCCCUAUUAACUAUACUUACUCCAUCAAUGGUUCAAGUGUAACAUCGGUUUGUAGUAAGAAAGACCUAGGUAUUAUCUUUAAUUCCGAUCUCAAUUUUCACUCCCACACUGAAAUGAUAUGCUGCAAAGCCUUAAAAACGCUUGGGUUUGUAAUGCGCAUAUCAAAGGAGUUCAAUUUAUCUUCUUCAUUAAAAACUUUAUACUGCUCAUUGGUCCGUUCACUUUUAGAGUAUGCAUCGGUCCUAUGGGACCCUUAUACGGUAUCUGACUCAUGUCAAUUAGAGCGUGUUCAGAGACGGUUCUUAUCUUGCGCAGCUUUUGUCUUAAAAAUAAAUCAUCCUCCCCAUGAUUAUUUCUUAGUUAUGCAGGAACUCAGCCUCAUUUCACUGGCCGACAGGCGAUUUAACGCUAACAUUGAGUUUCUGAAUAAACUGAUUGAUGGUCGUAUAGAUGCUCCCUCACUUCUCUCGAUAGUCGAUUUCAGAGUUCCUUCCCGUGCUACUAGAUACCAUGCUCCCUUCGUUGUUCCUGCGCACACUACCAAUUAUGGCAGAAAUAAUCCGUUAGACCGCAUGAUGCGGCUGGCCAAUGAGAGCACCGUUUAUCAAAACUGA